AACGCUGCACACCGCUAGGAGAAAGAAUUUCCCUUCUAAUUCAUCCUUCAAACGAAGAAAUAAUAUUUCUCCUCACCACCUCAACGGCACAGCAGCGGUAAAACAACGCAGAAUCAUUUACAAAGAUGCGGCCAAUGCAGCGCAUUAGAAUCCUGAACAGUCAAACCUUAUAGACAACGAAGCAUAAAUAGGAAAUACGGUAAAACCAGUCGCGCGUGCACCAGCGUCACUCGGCACAUCUCGUGCAUGUCUCGAAAGAAGCAGGAGCUAUGAAAGCGGUACAGUUCCACAAAUAUGGAGACCCAGAAGUGUUGCAGUUGUCGACGAAAGUUGCCAAGCCCACUCCUGGCGAAAACCAGGUUCUAAUACGUGUCAUGGCGGCGGGGGUUAACCCACUAGACACUUACGUCAGGGCUGGGGACUUUGAGGAAGUCGCCUUCCCGCACACCACCGGAUUUGAUACUGCAGGGGUGGUGGAGUCAGUUGGCCCGGGGGUCGAGACAUUUGCCCCAGGGGACAGAGUGUACACGCUGAAGACGGUGACGGGAGGAUGCGCAGAAUUUACAGUGGCUGAUCAAAAUUAUGUGGGUCAUCUUGACAAAGCCUUAUCAUUUGAAGAAGGCGCGUGUAUCGGAAUACCGUAUUACACUGCAUAUAAGGCGCUUAUACUACUUGCGCGAGCAAGACCGGGCGAUAACGUUCUUAUCCACGGAGCAAGUGGGGGAGUUGGAGUAGCGGCGACUCAGCUCGCCAAGGCACGGGGGAUGAACGUUAACGGCACAGCAGGUACCGACGAGGGGAUAAGCUUUGCUAAAGACAAUGGCUGUAUGAACGUUUUUAAUCACAGGCUCAGAGGACACGUCAAUCAACUUGUAGAUGAAACUGACGGCGGUGGAUAUGACGUCAUUAUAGAAAUGGCGGCACACGUGAACAUGAGCAAUGACAUGGAACUUAUGCGACGCAAUGGAAGAACCAUAAUUGUUGGCUCAGCCGGGGAAGUGAAUGUCAGUCCUUCAAACACCAUGGAGAAGGAAAGUUGGUUCAGGGGGGUCAGCGUCCUCUCGUCAUCCCCUGAGGAACUGGUUGAGAUCAGGAACGCCAUUGAAGCAGGUCAAAGGUCAGGUUGGGUGAGACCCAGGAUCGACUCGAGCUUCCCAAUGCAGAAAGCCAGUGAGGCCCAUAAGCUGCUUACUUCGCGGAAAGGCGCGAAGGGAAAGAUAAUCAUUACUGUAUAAAAUAAUGUACAAUAUUGAGGUCAGGUUCGCAUGUAACGGAUCAUUUUCAUGAUUUAUCAUAUCGUGAGUGUUUUUAGAAUCACGACUCAGAUUUCCUCUCAUUUAAGUGUACUUGUAUGUAACUGGAUCCAUCUUUAUUCUUAAAGAUUAAAAUUGAAAAGAAAUAUA